AUGCCUAAUUCCCGCUUCACCCCCCCUCGCCCACCUAUGCCCUCCCCCCCUCCCUCCCCCCCUUUCCCCUCCCCACCUUCCCAGUCCUCCUUCCUAUGGGGCUAUCUCAUAACGCCCAUCAUCGGGGGGUCGCUCGCCGACCGUUAUGGCGGGCGCCCCGUGCUGGCAGCUGGGCUGGCGCUCUGGUCGCUGGCCACACUGCUCACUCCCUCCGCUGCUGCUCAUUCGUUGGGUGCCCUCUUAACUGUGCGCGCUGUCAUGGGGCUGGGGGAGGGCGUUGCCCUACCCUGCAUGAACCACAUGGUUUCACGCUACGUGCCAGAGAACAGGCGGGCCUGGGCCGUAGGAAUCUGCUUCGCGGGAUUCCACGUGGGCAGCAUGCUAGGGCUGCUCUCCGCUCCUUCCCUCAUGGCCCUGCCGGGUCUGGGAUUGACCGGCCCCUUCCUGAUCUUUGGAGCGCUGGGGCUGCUCUGGCUCGCGCUCUGGCUGCUCCUCGUGCCUGCUGAUGCCGCUGCUGCACCUAGUGCUUCUGCUGCCUCUUGUGCUCAUAGUUUUGAGUCGACUCAAAAGGUGCCCGGCGAUGCUCCUGCUGCGCCUAGUGCUUCUGCUGCCUCUGGUGCUGUUAGUGGCGGGCAGCUGGACGGGAAGCAGAGGAUGCAGAGUGGGUCGCGCGUUACGGUGUGGCAGCUGCUGUCGCACCCGGCCUCAUGGGCCAUCAUCAUCGCCAAUACCGUCAAUAACUGGGGCUACUUCAUUCUGCUCUCCUGGAUGCCACUCUACUUCAACCAGGUGCUGCACACGGACAUCCGCCAGGCGGCGUGGUUCAGUGUGGGCCCAUGGGCGGUCAUGGCGGGCAUGGGGCUGCUGGCAGCACAGAUGGCUGGCAGCCUGUCAUCGCACACCCUCCCACUUACUGUCACUCCCCCACACAUCCGCUCCCACUCUGCCCUCACCCCACCAGGUGCUGCACACGGACAUCAGGCAGGCAGCGUGGUUCAGUGCGGGGCCAUGGGCGGUCAUGGCGGGGAUGGGGCUGCUCGCAGCAGGGGUGGCGAACCGCAUGGAGGGCAGACAGGGCAUGACCCGCACCGCCGUGCGCAAAGUCAUGCAGCUGCGUCGCUACUGCUGCUGCUCACACGCAUGGCCACCGGCCCCCUCGCUGCACUAUGCCUCACUGCUGCUCUUUUUAGUGAAUCGCUGAUCUGCCACCAUGCUCUCUUCCGGACUGCCGGGUUCCUGGGGCCGGCUGCAUCGCUGCUGCUGCUCACGCGCAUGACCUCCGCCCCCCUCGCUGCCCUCUGCCUCACUGCUGCUCUCGGCCUGAGUGCAUUUAGCCAAGCCGGGUGGCUCCUCAACCACAAGGUGCGCGCUCUGCAACCCUCUCCCUCUGCCCCUCAUUCCCCUCCUCUUCAACCCCCCUCUCCCACGCUCACUCUCUCCCUCACUGCCCUCUCACUGCUGCUCUUGGCCUGA